UAAAAUAUCUUUUUUGUGCCACACAAGAGGGAAGAGGGUUUCCUCUUCUUCUUCCUCGCGGGGAUGGGAGCGCGAGCUCCAUCGCUGCAAGAGCUUUGCAUCCACACCGCCAUCGAUAAUCUCCACAGGUUUGGCGAUGUCGGCGACACGGAUCUGGAUCUCCUGCGCAUCAUCCUGCCGCAUUGCACGACGGACCAGCUGCGGCACAUCGAGAAUUGUAGCAAGGAUAGGGAUUUGGCACCCGUGACGAACGAGCUGUGGAAGAAAUGCUACGGCCGUGAUUUUGGCCCGCAUAGCUUGGAGCUUGUGGAGUCCAAAUUGAAGCAUGCCUCCAAGAGCCAGUUUAAGUGGAGAGAUUUGUACGAGGCGAAGCUCAAGCAUCGCGAAGAGAAGCAGCAAAAAGGCGUGGAGUUGCUCCAACGCUUACACAUGGAAGAAGAAUCCAGUAACUUGUUCUUCGUCUUUGAGUUUUCCUGAUUUACUCGAUGCUGCUCGUGUCUAUCCAGAGAAACAAAGCAGGCAGCUCAAGCGAUGCUACAAAUCUCCACCGGAGCCGAAGAGAAGCUUUGGCAGUGGUGGAUCUUCUGGCGCUUUCAGCAAUGUGAAAGGCCGCCUCAUGAGAAAAGCUCGAGUAGAGCACGCCGCCAGCCGAGAAGCAAAGAUGAUGGCAUCCAUAAGGAAGAAACACAAGAGCGUCUAAGCAGUUCUCUCUUCUAGGUAGCGUGUAAAUUCUUCCAGCAUUCUAACAAGAAUUUCUUCCUAGAUCCUUGUUCGCUCCAAAGAGAAGAAUCGAAAUCAAAAUAAAGCCAAGCAUGGAUGGAGAAGGAACCACUACUAUCGCAGCUCGUCAAGCGCUGCAUUAGAUCCAGGGACUUACGCCAGGCCCGCAAACUCCACGCCCAGAUCGUCGCCACCAACAGCCGCUACUUCCUCAACCUCCUCAUCGACAUGUACGGCAAAUGCGGCGGCGUGGACGAGGCCCGCCGCGUCUUCGCCGCGGUAGCGCCGCAGUCCAACGUGGUCACCUGGAACGUCAUGCUCACGGCAUAUGCCCAGAACGGGCAUCUGGAGGACGCAAAAUCCCACUUCGACGCCAUGCCGCGGCGCAACGUGCUGACGUGGAAUACCAUGCUGUCGGCGGCAUUUUCUAUGCCGCGCGGGACAGCCGCGGGCGCCGCGGCGGUCUUUGCCCGGAUGCCGCAGCGUACGGCCGUGUCGUGGAACGCCAUGGCUAGCGCAUAUUCGCAGUAUGGGCAUUUUGCCGAGGCCAAGAACACGCUUGAUAGAGCUCCAGAGAGGGAUCGUGUCUCCGGGCUGUGCGCGAUUCACGCGCUAGGGCAGCUGGGGCGGUGCCGCGAGGCGAGGGAGAUCUUCGAGGGGCAGGAGCGGCGGGAUCUGGCGGCAUGGACGAGCAUGCUGCUGGCGCUGGUUCACGCUGGAAAUCCAAGCUUCCUUCUCGAUGCUGCCAUGGGAUUGUUCGCGAGAAUGCCGGCGUGGGAUGGAAUCCCCUGGGCCGCGAUGAUCGGGCUGUGCGGCGAGGCCGGGCGAGUGGAAUCCGCCAAGAGUCUGUUCGACGCGAUGCCGGAGAGGGAUGUUUUCCCGUGGGGGGCUUUGAUCCAGGCGCAUGCGCUGGAUCAAGAUCUGGAACAGGCGAGGAGGGCGUUCGAUCGAAUGCCGCAGCACAAUCUCCAGUCGUGCACGAGCAUGAUCACGGCAUUCGCACAGGGGCGCGAUCUGGAGCAAGCGCAGCGAGUUUUCGAUGGAAUGGGCGAGCACGACGUGGUGUCAAGGACGAGCUUGAUCCAGGCCUAUGCUCUAAACGGGCAUAUCGAUCGCGCUAGAACGAUGAUGCUCGCUAGCAAGGGGGGCCACGAUCUUGUUCUGUGGAACACGAUGCUCGCAGCGUAUGCCCUGCUUGGGCAUCUGGAAGAAGCUAAGAUCUUGUUCGAUCGGAUACCACAUCGAAACAUUGGUUCAUGGAACGCCAUCUUGCUGGCUUACAUUCACAAGAACGAUCUCAUCCGAGCUAGAGAAGCGUUUGAUUCGAUGCUAGAGCGCAAUCCCACGUCGUGGACGAUGAUGCUCGCGGCGUAUGCCUUGAAUGGGGAUGUGGUUCGCGCGGGCGAGCUCUUCCAAUCGGUGCCACACCAGGACGAGAUCGCGUGGACGCUGAUGAUCCAGGCGAACUGCCACAAGGGCGAAUGCAAGCAAGCUCUAGCGCUGCUGCGGUCCAUGGAUUUGGAUGGAAUUCGCCCAAACUCGAUCACAUUCUUGGUGAUCCUCCACGGAUGUAGCCACGCGGGGAUGGUGGAAGAGGGCAGGGAUUGCUUCCUGGCGAUGAGCAGCGUCUAUGGUAUCGCGCCAGAGCACGAUCACUACUGUUGCAUUGUGGAUUUGCUGGGGCGAUCCAACCGACGGUUGCUGGACGACGCGGAGGAGCUUGUGGAAUCGAUGCCCUACUUGCCCGGGCCGGUGGCGUGGGCGGCGCUGCUGGGCGCGUGUAGGGUUCAUGGCGACGUCGAGAGGGGCGCUCGAGCUGCCAAGAAUGUGGUGAAGCUCGAUCCAGGGAACUCCUCCGCGUUUAUGUUGCUUUCCAAUGCGUGCUCUUCGCAAAUCUCCAUCACUGCCAGAGAUGGGUAGGAUAGUCGUGUUCUUCAUCUCUUUCUCGAUCGAGCGUUCAUCUCUUUCGAUCAAGCGUUCUUCAUCUCUUUCGAUCGAGCGUUCUUCAUCUCGUUCGAUCGAGUGUUCAUCUCUUUCGAUCGACCGUGUCAUCUGGAAAGAUUCGUUGAUCCAUUGAAAGCUACGAGCUGAUCGACACAGGAAAUUCUA